AAGUGCACGCCUAGAACCCAAACAGACUAUAUCCAAUCGCCAAAGCCCCAAGAAUUGAAGUUAGCAGCGUUCAGGGCGACCGCCGAUUGUCUUGGAACUCUGGUGAUGUCAUUAGCGACGGUGAAAUUUCGCCGUAGCGCCUGAGAACCCGAUCCGCAAGUUCGAAGUACGGAGUUCCGACUCGCGAUACUGUCUGCAUCCUAGUGGGCUGCACCUGGGGUAAGGAAGGAUAGUACAACCAAGACGCAUGCAAAGGACCGAAGGAGAGAAUGGAUGAAGAAUAUAUAGUUUAGAUGUACGGACGUCCGUCUCGGAAAAAACACGCUUACAGUUUCCUUUUCAUCCUGCUGCACAUGUUUAGCCGCAGUACCUUCCAUAUCUGUGUCAGAAUCAUAUCUCAGCCACUCAGCACCUAAAAUCCCCAUCCGCACCUUCUCCGAAUUUCCUCGUCGCCAAAAAGAUGCCGUCAGCUACAAGUCCUCUCAACAUUCUCAUAAACGGCUCUGGUAUCGCCGGUCCUGUCACUGCAUACUGGCUGCACCGCUUUAUGCCAACAUGUCAAAUCACCAUCCUAGAGCGUGCGCCUGAACCAAGAUUGGGUGGACAAGCCGUGGAUCUCCGCUCUUCAUGUCUGCCAAUCGUGAAGAAGAUGGGAGUAUUGGAAAAAGUGAAAGAGAAGACUACAACAGAAGUUGGCAUGCAAUUUGUGUACCGGGAUGGCCAAAGGCGAGCGACUUUCGAGGCUACUGGAGAGGAGGAGCGGCAAAGUGCAACAAGCGAGUACGAAAUCCUACGAGGAGACAUGGCACGCAUCGUGUAUGAACUCACAAAGGAUAACCCACAAAUAACCUACAUUUUCGACGAGAUGGCCAUCGAAGUCCAACAAGACGAAUCAGAAGACGGCAAAGCCCUCGUCACCUUCAAGAACGGCAAACUCCCUCCCACAGAAUUCGACGUUGUGAUAGGCGCCGAUGGCCAGAUGUCAAGGACCCGCCGUAUGGUCUUUGGUCACGGACCCAACAACGACGAUUACCUGUAUCGUCUCGGACAGUACUCUGCUCUCUUCACCAUGCUUCGCGAUCCCACCGACACCCAGUAUGCACAGUGGUACAAUGCAUCGCGCGGCCGGCUGUUUUUGUUACGACCUGAUCAGUAUGGUACAACCAGAGCUUAUCUCGCCGUCACCGAUGCGAACUUGAGUCGUUUUGAUGAGCUAGAUAAGCUGUUGAAGAAGGGAACCAGGGAGGAGCAGCAAGCGUGGUUCGAAAAGGAGUUUGAGGGCGCCGGAUGGCAGACUGAGCGUUGCAUACGGGAGAUGAAGAAGGCGGAUGACUUCUACAUGCAGCAGAUUGCGCAGGUCAAGAUGGAUACUUGGCAUAAGGGGCGAGUGGCUCUAGUGGGCGAUGCUGCGUAUUGCCCAAGUCCGAUCUCUGGUGUCGGAACUGGAGCAGCCAUAGUCGGCGCCUAUGUCCUCGCUGGCGAGAUCUCUCGUAACCAAGAGGAUAUCCCCACUGCACUAGCAAACUACGAACGUGUUGCACGGGAAUACGUAGACAAGGCGCAGAAGCUGAUCCCAGGAGCACCACAGAUUGCGAACCCGCAGACUGAGUGGGGGAUUAAGAUCUUCAACACUGUGACCGGCACGCUAUCACAUCCGUAUAUUCAGAAGUUCAGUGGUGUGAUUGGAAAGAUCAUUCCGGCGUUUGGGUCGUCAAAGAUUUGGAGCCCGCCAGAGUACGGGUCAUAGAGUCGACGUAUGGCUCGUGUAUUAGCAUUCUAGUUCAGGAUAGAUCGAAUAUGCGCUGGUGGAAUACCGCAUGAUUUUAGCACUAAUGCUUUCACC